AUGGAGGCCUUGCCCGACUCCGGGCCCCAAGCCUCGGCCUUGGCGCCGCUGCGCGCCCCAGAGUUGGCGUGGCUCCGCGUAGAGCAGGAAAAGGUGGUCACAAACUGCCAAGAGAAAAUCCAGCAUUGGGAGAAGGUAGAUAAUGACUAUAAUGCCCUUCAAGAAAGACUCAAGACAUUGCCUGAUAAGUUGUCUUAUAAUAUCAUGGUGCCAUUUGGUCCCUUUGCGUUCAUGCCAGGAAAACUUGUGCACACUAAUGAAGUCACUGUUCUACUUGGGGACAACUGGUUUGCAAAGUGCUCAGCAAAGCAGGCUGUAGGAUUGGUCGAGCACAGGAAAGAACAUGUGAGAAAAACUAUAGAUGACUUAAAGAAAGUGAUGAAAAAUUUUGAGUCCAGAGUUCAAUUCACAGAAGAUUUGCAGAAAAUGAGUGAUGCUGCAGGUGAUAUUGUUGACAUAAGAGAAGAAGUUAAAAGUGACUCUGAAUUUAAAGUAAAACAUCGAAUUGCUCAUAAACCUCACUCCAAACCAAAACCAGAUCUUUUUGAAGCAGAUUUUGAUUCGGAACUCCUUGGUGAUCAAGAGAACAGUCAUUUAAAUUAUCCAGUGAAGGGUUCAAAUUCUUAUCACAGUAAUGAUGAUGGUGACGACAGUGAGGAACCUGAUGCUUUAGGGGUUGAUGAUAAUUCUGUACCUACCAUAUAUUUUUGUCAUACUGUCGAACCAAAAAGGGUUCGAAUAAAUACUGGAAAAAAUACUACUCUGGAAUUCAGUGAAAAGAAGGAAGAAGCCAAGCGGAAACGAAAGAACGGUAGAGGUGGCUAUUCUGCCCACAAGCUGCCUACGAUCAAGACGCCUGCAGACAUUUACAGAGUCUUUGUUGAUACUGUGAAUGGUGAAUAUUUCCCCCGUAAAUCAAUUCUGAAGUCUAGAAGCAGAGAGAACAGGGUUUGCAGCAAUACCGGUGAAAGCAGCGCUGCAGAAUUUGAUGAUAGACGAGGAGUGCUGAGGAGUGUAAGCUAUGAGGAAGCGGCUUGUAGCGACUCCAACAAGAACGCCUUGGAAGAAGAGUCACAACAAGAAACUUACCAGAAGAAACCUUUGCCCCUACCGGGAGCACCUGAGGCUUUUUCUGGAAUUGUAAUAGAAAAAAAAAUUUUAUCAUCCUCAACUCCACACCCAGCCAUUGCUCAUCCUGUGCUACCCACUAUUGCAAAACGAAAAGAAAUUCUGUCAGAAGGAACAGAAAACUCUACAAAGAGGGUUUCAAAGUUCAAAGCUGCCAGAUUGCAACAGAGAAACUAG